GUUCACCCCAGCGCGGAAACGGGCCAGCCACUCAACAGGCACGCCCUCGACCUCCUUGAUAGCUCCCUGCAACUUCAGAUGGUCAGGGCAGGCAUGCGAUACGCCCCAAUCGCAGAGCACCUCUACUUUCCAGCUCAGCCGGGCCCCACGGAUUUUACCCCGACCUGGCUCGUGGGUGAGCUUCUGGGAGCCUGGAGGCACAUGGCGUCCCAAACCGGCACAUGGGCCAACUGCGGCUUCAUCGACAGAGCAGACCUUGGAGAUGAGAUGCAACUGCGCCCAGCAGUGGCCACCCUCGCCCUGCUUUGCUCCGCGCCAGAGUCCUGGGCCCUUGAG